AUUUGGGUCAUUCACACCGCCUUAUUAAAAAUUGGGUGAGCUUUAUCUUUUCCUCCCUUUCAAUUCUGCGCUUCUCUCUCUACACCCAAAAAAAAUUCAUGUCGUCGCUCUUACAGGCUACUGCCCACCGCCGCUAUCCCCACCAUUUUCCCGACUUCCGAUACCGACAGCAACCCACCAACUGGUGCUUCAUCUUUUUGGAUAUACCAUAAACGAACGAAAACCCUAGCCUUAGCUACUGUUGCCACCGCCUUCGGCCCUGGUGUACCCAGAUACUGUCGUCGGUGCGUUGAGCUUCCGGUGAAACCACCAAAUGACCACCGCUAAGACAGUCGGCGCCACACCCCACCCACCUUCAACCUAAUGAAUCGUCUCCUCCACCCGGUACUUUCCUGGGAAAAACGGAUGUGGAGAACAAGACAAAUCCUUGACGCUUGUCGUUGCCGCUGCUGCUGCUGCUUAGUGACGGCCUCGCCGGCGGGCAGGAAUAGCCACUGUCGGCCAAUCCAUCUUCAUCUGGCGAAAGGGUCUGAACCACCUGCUAAGUUUCCAAAAGUGUCAACACCAAAAGAUGAUGAUGAUGAAGGUUUGGAUGAUGAAGAUGACAAGGAACAUGGGGACAUGUUAUGUGGUUCAUGUGGUGAGAAUUAUGCAUCUGAUGAGUUUUGGAUUUGCUGUGAUAUUUGUGAGAAGUGGUUCCAUGGUUCGUGUGUGAAGAUAACUCCAACAAGAGUUGAACAUAUCAAGCAGUAUAAAUGCCCUGCUUGCACCAACAAAAGAGCUCGCCCAUGAUCAUGAUCAUGUAUGUAUCCAUCAAUCAAGCAAUCAAUCAGUGUAAGUCUGUUUUUAUGGAAGUGGAAGUGGAACAUGGUGUUUGUAGGGUUUAAAUGUGCAUUUCAUUGAAAUUAGUGACAAGGUCUUUAUUUUAGUUUUUAACUAGCUGCAACAAACUUUUUCUUUCUUAUAAUGGAAGAUUGGAUUUUAUGUGUUUGUCA